UGUUAACGGCGGUGGCGCGCGCUCUCUCUUUCUCUACGAUUUUAGUGACCUUGUACUACUAUGUCUGUCUAGUUCCGCACUCUCUAUCUACAUUACCCAUUUACCUCGCACUUUCUUUCUCUACGGUCUGCGUGCAUUGAGUCUUUCUCUUUGGUAUGAAAUUUUACUCAUGCAGUUGUUUGCUGGUGGAUGAAACCCUUGCAACGUCAAAAGCUUCAGAUUUGUGAACUGUAAAUUCCAAACCUUGAAAUGAGAGGUCAAGAGUUAGGAUGUGACAAUACAGCAGUUGGAAGUUGCAAGUUAGAGUUGCAUCCUCUCUCCUCAAUUUCUGAGAGAGAAAGGUUACCUUUUGUUUCUUUGAUUGCUAAAGAGAGAAGGGAGACUGUUGUUGCUGAGAACUUUGGGCUGAGAUUGAGCACCACUUCAGAGUCAUUCAUGGCUUUUUGUGUGUACUAUCUGGCCCUAACCAGUCCCCUGUAAUGGAAAAAAUGCGCUAAAUUUUACUGUGUGGGAGGAUCUCUAUUGUAUGAUGCCGAAUAGCUUGGAUAAUAAUCGCGGCCAUGGCUCUGAAAGUCCCCCUCUCCUAAAGAGAACCCGCACUCUUGAUCACAGCUUCCUCAACGGUCCUCUUCGCUCAGCUGUGCGUCGACUCCAUAGCUCCCCUCCGAACCCGAACCGUAAUUCUCUGCAAAACCCUAACCCUAAUUCUCCUCAAUCUUCAGACCCCAUUUAUCCUCAAAAUAUCAGUCCCAGUUUUCUGGAUAACCCGAACUCUAAUCCCGUGGUUCGAGAUCUUGAUCAUUCUGAUUCUCCGUUUCUUGCUCGAGAUUGGUGCUAUCCUUCAUUUCCUCAGCCUCCCAAGGAGCCUCCUCUCUCCUCUAAGCCUUUGAAGCCCAAAAGGGUUGAAGAAGACGAAAAUACCAUUUUGGCCGUGCCAGAAUUGUCCAAAUUUCCCUCAAAAUCGCCAGAAUCCAACAGACACACAUUGCCGGAUUCCAAUGACAAGAGUGGGGUGGCUCCGAAAGUGGCAGUCAAGGAGAAGAGACAAACUUUUGGCAAGUGCUCGUGUUCCAUGAUGGUGAAUUCGAAGCAAGUUAAUUCCGAACCUUUGGCUUUGUUUCUGCUAAAGAAGAUUUUUGUGCUCAGAUCAUUGUUCAUGUCCCUGCUUCUUGUGUCUUGUAUAUUAUGUAUCUCAUAUGCAGCAUCCAUGCAUGUCAAAGUUGCAGAUCUUGAGGAAGAGCUUUCUAAUCUUCGUAGGGUAUGUAGCAAACAGGAAACUGAAAUUCUUGGCAGUGGUCAAGUUGGAGAGCUUCAUUAUGGUUUUCCUUCAGGAUUUGGUGACCUUAACAGUCGAAAGAUUGCUCUGUACACGGUUUUGGUAACUCUAGUCACUCCAUUUUUGUUCUUUAAAUAUCUUGACUAUCUUCCUAGAGUGUAUACAACUUCAAAGAAUGGGAGGUGCAAUGGCGAAGAGGUUCCUUUGAAAAAGAGAAUUGCAUAUAGAGUGGACGUAUGCUUCUCUUUGUAUCCCUAUGCAAAGCUUCUUGCCCUUCUUUCUGCAACAAUAGUGCUGAUUGCGUUUGGUGGGUUAGCACUAUAUGCAGUGAGUGAUGGUAGCCUCUCUGAAGCUUUAUGGCUUUCAUGGACUUUUGUGGCGGAUUCAGGAAAUCAUGCUGAAAUGGUUGGCACUGGUCCUCGUAUUGUUUCUGUGUCUAUCAGUGCUGGGGGUAUGCUGAUUUUUGCCAUGAUGCUUGGGCUUGUUUCUGAUGCAAUAUCAGAAAAGGUGGAUUCAUUGCGAAAAGGAAAGAGUGAAGUUAUUGAGAGAAACCAUAUUUUGAUUCUUGGAUGGAGUGACAAACUGGGUUCAUUGUUGAAGCAGUUAGCAAUAGCAAAUCAAAGCCUAGGUGGUGGUGUAGUUGUAGUUCUUGCUGAAAGGGACAAGGAAGAAAUGGAGAUGGACAUAGCAAAGCUAGAAUUUGACUUCAUGGGAACAUCUGUUAUUUGUAGAAGUGGUAGUCCUCUGAUACUUGCUGAUUUGAAAAAGGUUUCUGUCUCAAAGGCUCGUGCCAUUAUUGUGUUAGCAUCUGACGAAAAUGCGGAUCUGAGUGAUGCUCGUGCUUUGAGGAUCGUUUUGAGCCUCACUGGAGUCAAAGAGGGUUUGAAAGGGCAUGUUGUAGUAGAACUGAGUGACCUUGACAAUGAGCCAUUAGUAAAGCUCGUUGGAGGAGAGCAUAUUGAAACAGUUGUUGCUCAUGAUGUGAUUGGACGCUUGAUGAUACAAUGUGCACUGCAACCUGGCCUUGCGCAGAUAUGGGAGGAUAUUUUAGGGUUCGAGAAUGCAGAAUUUUAUAUCAAAAGGUGGCCUCAAUUGGAUGGUAUGAGGUUUGAAGAAGUUCUGAUUUCAUUCCCUGAUGCAGUUCCUUGUGGAGUCAAGGUAGUGGCAAAUGGUGGAAAAAUUGUUCUUAAUCCAGAUGACAAUUACAUUCUAAAGGAAGGUGAUGAAGUCCUUGUUAUUGCAGAGGAUGAUGAUACCUAUGCCCCUGGCCCUUUGCCUGAGGUAAGGAGGGGGUUUCAUCCUAACGUUUCCAGCCCUCCAAAGUUCCCCGAGAAGAUACUAUUUUGUGGUUGGCGUCGUGACAUCGAUGACAUGAUAUUGGUGCUAGAAGCAUUUUUAUCUCCAGGUUCAGAACUAUGGAUGUUCAAUGAGGUUCCUGAGAAAGAAAGAGAGAGAAAACUAACUGAUGGUGGGCUGGAUCUAUCUGGAUUAGAGAAUCUAACGCUUGUUCAUAGAGAGGGAAAUGCUGUUAUACGUCGACACCUGGAAUCUCUUCCUUUAGAGACAUUUGACUCAAUUUUGAUUCUUGCAGAUGAGUCAUUGGAGGAUUCUAUUGUUCAUUCCGAUUCUCGUUCACUAGCUACACUUCUUCUCAUUCGUGAUAUUCAGUCUAAACGGCUUCCAUGCAGAGAGGCAAAGUCCAUCCCUUUGCGAUAUAUGGGAUUUUCACAUAGCUCUUGGAUUCGAGAAAUGCAACAGGCCUCUGACAAAUCAAUCAUCAUAAGUGAGAUCUUGGAUUCUAGGACUAGAAACCUUGUAUCUGUAUCCAGAAUUAGUGACUAUGUAUUGUCUAAUGAGCUUGUCAGCAUGGCAUUGGCAAUGGUUGCUGAGGACAAACAAAUCAAUCGUGUCCUUGAGGAACUCUUUGCUGAAGAGGGGAAUGAGUUAUACAUCCGACCUGCAGAGUUUUAUUUAUUUGAUCAGGAAGAGCUAUGCUUUUUUGAAAUCAUGGUUCGUGGGCGGCAGAGGCAGGAGAUUGUAAUUGGCUAUCGACUUGCCUCAGCAGAACGUGCAGUGAUCAACCCCGAAUGCAAGAUGAAGCCCCAGAAGUGGUCACUAGAUGAUGUAUUUGUGGUCAUUGCACAAGAGGAAUGAACACAAAAGGAAAUAUGAGAUGUGGAUGUUCGCACUCGUGGUUGAGCUCCACGUGAAGUUGUCAUGGUGCGGGCAGAGGAGAUAUGAGAUGUGGAUGUUCACACUCGUGGUUGAGCUCCACGUGAAGUUGUCAUGGCGCGGGCGGAGGAGAGAGAGAGAGAAUCCAUGUAUAAAAGCCAUUUUUUGUUUUUUGCUCUCUAAUGUAUAACAACCAUUAUGAAUUCUCACUUUUAUCAGCGAUGGAGUAGCAUGUUCUCAUUUCUUCAGAAUCCUUUGAUAUCUAGUGCACAACAUCCAUUUUGCAUUCACGUUUAUGUGAAAAAUGUGAAAAACAUGUUCCCAUUUAUAUACAAUCAUCAUCAUCAUCAUAGCUUUUUUCUCAAUUAUUUGGGGUCGGUUAAUAACCUCUGAUCACUAAUGUACGAAACCAUUUUUGACCUCACUCUUAUGUAUAAUGGAAGUCAUUUGCCUUUCC